AUGACAUCAUCUAAGACGACGAAGAGAGUCUGUGUGACUUGUCAGAAAGGUGGAGAUGUGUUUAUGUGUCGUGGUUGUCAACGAAUCUUUUGUCCUGUACAUGUCGAUGAACAUCGCGAAAAAGUCGCUAAAGAUGUGGAGAAAUUAGCUGAAGAACAUGAAUUAUUACAACGUGACAUGAAUCGUGAUCAUGAAGUGCAACUUCUUUCGUCAAUGAUCGAUACGUGGGAACAGGAAUCGAUCGAAAAGAUCCAUCGAACGGCGACUACGGCUCGAUCGGAUUUACAACGAUGGCUUGAAAGAAACAAUACCGAGGUGAAAGUUCCGUUCGCACAAAUCACCAGUGAAGUUCGAGCAUGUCAAAAGUCGGAGAAUUACACGGAAAUUGAUCUGAAAAGAUGGAUACAACAAUUAGAGGAAUAUCGAAACAAAGUCGAAAAAGCGCCAGUCAUCGAUAUGUUAGACGAAGAAGACUCGAUAUACAUUCAUUUAAUCAAACUACGCGAAAAUACCAAUGAUUUAGCCCAUAAUCAUUUUCUCAAUGGAUCAACUUUGACACUUAAUCAAAGUAUGUUGAGUUUUCAAGACACAACACUUCUCGUUCGAGAACGAUUCGACGAAAUCUACGGACCAGCUGAAAUUUUCGAAGAUGGUCUUGUUGCUGCAUAUGCCGGUGCUUGGUUAGGAUAUUCCAGUGUUUGUGGGAUUAAUAACUAUUCUUCCGGAACGCAUCACAUUCGUUUUCGCAUUUUGGAGAAAUUUUACGAUUCACCGUUCUUCGGCAUCGUUUCCGCCUUGCAAACGAACAUGGAACAUUCAUUAGAAACUGUGUCCACACAUGGUUGGUGGAAUUUUGAUUGCUCGAUUAUUCGCGGCGAAAAAGAACAACGCACCGAACGCGAUAAAAUAAUUCGAAUAUCCGACGAAUUAACCCUAACAAUCGAUUGCGAAAGAACGCAAAUAUUUCUUAAACAUCAUCGAUCCAGAAGACUUCUACACAUACCUGUUGAUGUUCGAUCGUGUCCUCUUCCGUGGAAAUUGCUGGUUGUUUUACAUCGUCGUGGUGAUUCAGUACGAAUCAUCGGUGGAACAUUGAAUUUAACGAGAGAAAACCUUUCGAGUCGAUUGAGUCACAAACGCAAACCUUAA